AUGGCGUUCACUGGUCGAUUCCGGGAGUUGAUGAAGAAGUAUGGGAAGGUGGCGGUGGGGGUGCACUUCUCCGUAUCGGCGGCCUCCAUCACCGGCCUGUACGUUGCCAUAAAGAACAACGUCGACGUUGCCUCAGUCUUGGAGAGGGUGGGUCUUCCCGGCGUCUCCAAGGAAGGGGAUGAAGCAGCUGACGGCGCCCCCGCCCCCGCCCACUCGGAUCCAGCGGACAGAACUGCCAUCAUCCUUGACGAUGAUUAUGCGGUACCUGCCUCGGUGCCGGUUGAUCAGCCGAAGAAGAACAAUAGGACGGCAGAUCUGGCGGCUUCGAGCGGCGGCGCUCUUGCCCUCGCUGUCCUCUGCAACAAAGCUCUAUUCCCGGUACGGGUCCCGAUUACGAUCGCACUCACUCCGCCAAUAGCGAGAUUUCUUGCUAGGAGGAAUAUUAUAAAAACCGUAUGA